AUGACCACCUACCAAUCGAUUGAAGAAGGAUUACCUCGUUAUCAUGCAAGUAGCUCUGAUGAUGACGAUAAAAUUGGUUUAUUAAGUCGUAUUAGGCGCCCUUCACAAUUAUGGAAAAAUAUUUUAAAAAUUGUUGUUGGUGCGGCUUGUAUCAUCGCUGUUUUAUGGUUCUCUUUAAAUUGGUUUUUGAUAAUUGAUGAAGUAGAAAAUGAUUUUGAUUGGGCUGAUCCAAAUUUAAUUAUUGCGCAAACUGGCGCUGUCGCUUCUGAAGUCGUUAAUUGCUCUCGAUUUGGUGUUGAAGUUUUAAAGGAAGGUGGAAAUGCCGUCGAUGCUGCUAUUACAACUCACAUAUGUGUUGGUACAGUUAAUGUUUUUGCUGCUGGAAUUGGAGGAGGUGGAUUCAUGUUAGUUAGGUUACCAAAUGGUUUCGCUGAGGUUAUAGAUUUUCGUGAAGUCGCUCCUCGUGCUGUUUAUGAAGAUAUGUUUAAGCAAGAGCCUCUAAAGGCUAAAGUUGGACCCCUUUCUAUUGCUGUACCUGGUGAACUCCGUGGAUUGAAAUUAGCUCAUGAGCGAAUUGCUCGAGAAGGAUUUCCUAUUCCACUUGAAUUAUAUGUUACUAUGAAGAUGUACACAUACAAAAUCGAACAUAACAAAGAAUUAUGCGAAAUAUUUUGUGAUGAGGAUGGUAAAUUAAAGAAACUAGGAGAUAUGAUGUAUCGAACUAAUUAUUCCAGAUCAUUGGAAAAAGUUUCUGAAGAUGUUAAUGAAUUUUAUGAGGGUUCAAUCGCAAGAUCAACUGUCGAUACUAUCCAAGGUAAAGGUGGUAUAAUAACUAUGGAAGAUUUGGCUGCCUAUAAACCUACAAUUCGUGAACCUCUUGUAGGAUAUUUCCAAGGAAAAAAGGUCAUAACAUCUCCUGAACCUGGUAGUGGAACAAUAUUAUUAUUUUUGUUAAAUGUUUUGGAAGAAUACAAGUUUCACGAAAACGGCCGUACAGUAUUAAAUAUGCAAAGAAUGGCUGAAUCUUUCAAAUAUGCCAUUGCUAGACGUACUGAAUUAGGAGAUCCUGCAUUUUUCAAAAAUACCACAGCUCAUAAAGAGCGUAUAAAAGAAAUCAUUUCCAAAGAAUAUGCUGCAAGGAUUCGUGCUAAUCUUUCUGAAGCCCGUACAUGGAUACCAGAUCAUUAUGAUCCAGAGUAUGCUACACUCGAAGAUCAUGGUACAACUCAUAUUUCUGUUGUAGAUGCUGAUGAGAUGGCCGUUAGUAUGACUGCUACACUUAAUCAUUUCUGGGGUUCUCAAGUUAUGGAUUCAAACACUGGAAUCUUAUUUAAUGAUCAAAUGGAUGAUUUCGCAAUUCCUGUACCACCAUCAAUUGAAAGAUUCUGGCCUGCUCCUCAUAAUUUCCCUGCACCAGGUAAAAAACCAAUGUCAUCAACAUGUCCUACUAUAAUUGAAAGACCUGAUGGAAGGUUUGAAAUGGCGGUUGGUGCUAGUGGUGGUACCAGAAUUAUGUCGGCUGUUACACAGACAUUAUUAAAUAUUUAUGAGUUUAAUAUGAACGUUCUGGAAGCUAUUGACUAUCCAAGAUUAUACCAUCCAUUAUUGCCAAAUGAGUUAUUUGUCGAGUCAGGAUUUCCAUAUGAGAUAUUAGAAAAACUUAUUAAAAUUGGUCAUGUUGUUAAAAUACACAGCAUCUAUAAUAGAGGUUAUGGAUGUCAAGUUCAAUGUGUUAGAAAGUUCCCUAAUGGAACUAUUCAUGCUGCAAGCGAUUUUAGAAAGAAUGGAAUUGCCGCUGGAUAUUAA